CGCUCAAAGCAGAGAGCGCGAGCCGCGUUCGCUCCUGCCCUGCCUAUUCCUCCGCCGCCGUCUCCGAGCCGCCGCGCCUCCCCUGUCCGUCGCCGGUGCUCAUCUUCACCGGAGACGCCGUCUGGAGCCUCGUCGCGCGGUCCGGCCAGUGAUCGCGGUCGGGAUUCCUCCUCGGCAAGGCAAGGUAAGGUGAAGAGCUCUGCACUUCCUGCUCUCUCGAAUCGGCGCCACCACCUCUGGCAAGAAGCAGCCAGAGCUUGGUUCGAACUUGAAGAAGACGUCGGAGUUGCUCGAGAACAGCAGCGCGGAGGACGUUGAAGAAGGCGGCCAUGGACAAGCGAAAGAGCAGCGGGUCGGGAAGACAGAAAAUCCCACCUCGCCACAAGAUAUCCGGGACCGGCGAGCCCCAAAUCAACGAGGACAACGCCUCGAUGCUCAUCGGAAGCAUAGUCGAAAAGGGCGUUUCCGACGUCCCCGAGACCAAGACCCUCGCCCCAACCCCUCCUCCGAGGGCCACCGUCCUUCCUUUCCCGGUUGCGCGACACCGUUCUCACGGCCCCCAUUGGGGUCCAGUUGGCACGAGAUGGGAUGAAGAUCACGACAGUGAUGAUCAUAAUGAGGAUGCUGAAGAAUAUAGGAGACUUGCUGCUUCUGAGCGAAUUGCAGCUUUUGCUAGACCAGUUCAAAGAAAGGAGAAGAAGGAAUUGAACUUACACAAUUGGAGGGAGAUUGCCGCAGGAAAUGAUUCCUCUUUCAGUAGUAAAAAUAUAAAGCAUCGAUCCACAGGGGCUGAAGCGCGAAAUAGUAGUAGAGAGGUGAGCAAAAGUGAAAAUAAGCGAAAUCUCAUGGAUGAUACAUCUUUAAGUGGUGCAGUUCCUAUGGAAGUAGAUGCAAAACCACUCUCAAAAUUUGAGCCUAUGUAUAAAACUGAUGGGGCCAUCACAGAUGGUAAGACUUCUGCAUUAAUGCAAAGUGAUACGGGUAAAGGUACUCAAGUUCAGGGAUGUUCUCUUGAUGGUGACAAGAAGGCUGAGGCUGCUUAUUUACUUAGAGAUUCAGGGUCUAAGCAUAUUAGUAGUGGAACUGGUGCAGUGAAAGUUUCAAGCAAUGAAUCUGUAAGAAUGCUGACCGAGGCAAAAGAGUUAAGUUCCUCAUUCCUUGAUCAUUCCAGAGAGAAGGAAAACCAAUCGUCAAGCUUGCCUACAGCCUCCUUGUUUAGAUCCAACGUCGGUGAUGAUGGGCAUAGUCAUUCUUCUCUCGAGAGUCAAAUCGAUGCUGAGAACUGCGCCAGAUUACAGAGUAUGUCUCCUGACGAAAUUGCUGAAGCUCAGGCUGAGAUAAUGAAGAAGAUGGACCCUUCGUUGCUUAAGUUGCUAAAAAGAAGGGGUCAAGAGAAAUUUAAGAAGCAAAACUUGUCAGGCUCUCAGAUAGCUACAGAUGCAACAUUGGGUAGUCCAUUAGUUGCGGAUCAGUCUCUUCAGAAUGCAGAAUCACAGAAUACGAGGGACAGAGUAUCUAAUUUGGCAUCAUCAGAGACUGUAAAAGAUAGCCAAAGUCAUCAGGAUCAUGCUGGUGUCCAGAAUGUUGGACCAAGAGAUGGCAGUUUGUGGAAUGCUUGGACUGUUAGGGUUGAGGCUGUACGAAAAUUGAGAUUUUCAUUAGAUGGAUAUGUCAUUCAGAGUGAAAUUGACCCAGUUGCGGGGACUGGUCUGAACAGGCAGAAUGCUGAUAGUGUUGCUGAGCGAGACUUCUUGAGGACUGAAGGUGACCCUGGUGCUGCAGGUUAUACUAUCAAAGAAGCAGUGGCACUUACAAGAAGUGUGGUUCCGGGACAACGGGCCCUUGCACUUCAUCUUCUCGCUACUGUACUUGACAAGGCAAUGCACAUUAUUUGUCGGGAUCAAGUUGAUCUUGUUACUCGAUAUUCUAAUGUUGAUGAGGAUUCAGUCGAUUGGGAGGCUGUCUGGGCAUUUGCACUCGGUCCAGAACCUGAACUUGUCUUAACAUUGAGGAUGUGUCUUGAUGACAACCACAAUUCCGUGGUUUUGGCAUGUGCAAGGGUAAUUGAGUGCAUACUCUGCUCUGAUUUGAACGAGAACUUCUUUGACAAAUUGGAGAGAAUGAGUAUGCAUGGAAAGUAUCUCUACACUGCCCCAGUUUUUCGGAGUAAACCAGAAAUUGAUGGUGGUUUGCUUCAUGGUGGGUUUUGGAAGUACAGUGCUAAAUCUUCUAAUGUUCUUCCUAUGGAAGAAAUACCUGAUGAUGAAUCUGAGGGGAAGCGCACUAUUCAGGAUGAUAUUGUGGUUGCUGGUCAAGAUUUUAUUGCAGGUUUCGUCAGGAUGGGAGUUCUGCCAAGAAUUCGUUAUAUCUUGGAGACAGAUCCGGCCGAAGCUCUGGAAGAACGGAUGAUCUCUAUUCUAAUUGCAAUAGCAAGGCAUUCGCUAACUGCUUCAAGUGCUAUCAUGGACUGUCCAAGGCUCAUCCAAAUAGUUGUCCACAGAUUUUCCAUGAAAAGCAGUAUGGAAAUUCAGCCUUCCAAGAUAAAAUCUGUUACACUUCUAAGGGUUUUGGCACAAUCUAAUAGGAAGUAUUGCAUUGAUCUUAUAAGCAGUGGAACACUCCACGCUAUGAUAUGGCAGUUGUAUCAACCUGCACAUUCCCUUGACCAGUGGAUUAAACUGGGAAAGGAGCGCUGCAAACUCUCCUCAUCUCUGAUGAUUGAACAAUUGCGUCUGUGGAGGACUUGCAUAGAGUAUGGAUAUUGUGUCUCACACUUCUCAGAUAUCUUUCAUUCCAUGUGUUUGUGGUUGAAUCCACCUUCCAUGGAGAAACUGUUGGAGAACAAUAUCACGAGAGAAGUCGCUUCAAUCUCUGAUGAGGCAUACCUUGUUCUGGCAGCUUUAGCUCGUAGGCUUCCAAUGUUUCAUUCACAGAAGCAUACGGGCAAUCAAAAUACAGAGUGCACUGGAAAUAACACUGAAUCAUGGUCUUGGAGUCACGUUACCCCAAUGGUUGAUCUUGGAAUAAAGUGGAUAGAAUGGAUGAAUGAUUCUUGCAUCUCUCAGUUCUUUGAGUCGCAAAGUGGUAUGAAAAAUGACCUGAGAAGUCGAUCUCUGACAUCCUUAUUGUGGGUUUAUUCUUCUGUCAUGCACAUGCUAUCUGUUGUUCUUGAAAGAGUGGGGCCAGACAAAACAAUCAUUAACUCCAAUGAUGGCAAAUUACUGCCUUGGCUUCCCGAGUUUGUCCCAAAAGUUGGUUUAGAGAUUAUUCGGCAAGGGUUAUUUAGCUCUUUGAAUGACAGCAUAGAAAAUGGAACAGAUUCUGAAAGAGUUGGUUCCUUCAUCAAAAAGUUGUCUCAUUUGAGACUUCAAAAUGAAAGUGAGACCUCUUUGGCUUCUGUUUGCUGUCUCCAUGGAUUUGUGCAGUUGAUGGUUGAGAUUGAUUGCUUGAUCCAGUUAGCCAAGGCUGGAAUGCCUAGUCCUCCAACAAGAGGACUCUCCGUGUCAGCAGAAGAGACAAUUCUUGAGGAUGGUAUGCUCAAUGGUUCUCUUGUUGAUCUGCAGAAGGUGCUUGACAUCCUUUCGAACAAAAUUGCUUCUGAAUGGCAGUCAAUCCAAUCCAUAGAGACGUUUGGGAGAGGAGGUCUUGCUCCAGGAGUUGGGGUUGGGUGGGGUGCUUCUCAUGGAGGAUAUUGGUCAAGACGGGUCCUUUUGGCACAAAAGGAUGCAGGUCUUCUCGUAUACUUGCUUGGAAAUGUUCCACUGUCGUCAGUUGAUCAUGUAGCCUUUAGUGAGGGCCAAGCCAUUGUUUUGCAAAGAGUUAAUGGUGCCUUAGGAACUUGUUUGACUGCUGGGCCAAGGGAUGGGGUAGUUGUAGAGAAGGCAUUUGACUUUUUGUUCCGAGUCCCUGUUCUAAUGUGCUUGAAUACCUCUAUUCAGCACUUUUUUUCUCUUAGCAGGAGGUCUCUGAUGUGGGAGUAUAGUGAAGAGGACCUACAUCAUUUUAGCAAAUUAUUAUCUUCUCAUUUCAGAAAAAGAUGGUUGUGUGCAAAGAAAAAGGCAAGAUCCAUAGAGGACGGUAAGACUACCAUGCAUAAAGCAAAUAAAAGCGGUAGUAUAUCUCUUGAAACCAUUCAUGAGGAUAUGGACAUGUCAGAUGAGAAAGCAGAACAUAUGCCUUGUACUAAUUUGACUAUGGAGUGGGCUUACCAGAGACUGCCACUUCCCAUGCAUUGGUUCAUCAGCCCAAUGAGUUCAUUAGGGGAUGGCAAGCAGAGUACAGAUCAGAAAGUUUCUGGUGCCAUUAAUCCUGUUCAGGAUCAUGAUGAUCUAUCUGAAGUUGCUAAAGCUGGAAUGUUCUUUCUAUUAGGCCUAGAGGCAAUGUCUUGUUCGGGAUGCUCAGAUAUCACUUCUCCUGCUCAACAUGUGUCACUAGUUUGGAAAUUCCAUUCCUUGUCUAUGAUCUUACUUGUUGGGUUGGCUGUGCUUGAAGAGCAGAGAAGUAGGGAUGUUUAUGAAGCUUUACAAGAACUCUUUGGACAGUUUCUUGAUCGACAAAUAUUAAGUAGAAGUGUUAGACAUUCUCUGAAAGACAAGCCUGAAAUGGAAAGCGCAAAUAAAUGGGAAUUGUUAAGUUUUGGAUCAGAAAUUCAUGAUAGUUACUCAACGUUUAUUGAAACUCUUGUGGAGCAAUUUGCUGCAGUAUCCUAUGGUGAUCUGCUGUAUGGUCGUCAAGUCGCGAUGUACCUUCACCGCCAUGUGGAAGUUUCUGUAAGACUCGCUGCAUGGAAUGCACUGUCUAAUUCUCGGGUUCUUGAUCUUCUGCCUCCUUUGGAUAAGUGCCUAGCAAAUGCUGAAGGUUAUCUUGAACCUCCUGAGGAUGAUGAACACAUCUUAGAAGCAUAUGUAAAGUCAUGGGUUUCUGGAGCACUGGAAAGAGCUGCUGCUAGAGGAUCACUAGCAUUAACGCUUGUCUUGCACCACAUCUCAUCAUUCAUUUUCCUUGAUCAUGGAAAAGAUCUUGUUUUGCUGCGAAAUAAGUUAGUGAAGUCCCUGUUGCGAGAUUGCUCCAGGAAGCAACAACAUGAGGGAAUGAUGAUGGAUCUCAUCCGGUACAAUAAGUCAUCGCCAUCCAAAAUGACUGCACAAGAUGAGGGUGCAUCGCAAGCAAGCACCGUCCAUGGGAGGCUCGAAGUACUCAAAGCGGCUUGUGAAGGAAACACGUCUCUCUUGGCUGAAGUGGAAAAGCUAAGAUCCAAGUUUCGCCAACUUGAGAGGUGACUUGACCUAAUCAUACUCUCUGGAGGGUGCAUUCGAAUCAAGCACUGUCCACCGGUGGCUCGAAGCACUCGAAGAGGUUUGUGAAGGAAAUCCCUCCCCCUUGGCUGAAGUGGAAAAGCUAAAGUUCAAAGUUUCCCCAACUCCAGAGGUGACUUGACCUAAUUAUACUCUCUGUACAGUGUACAUGUAUGGUUUUUCACACCUUUUUGAGCUUUCGGAGUUGGGACUGGGAGGGACCAGAAGAGCUUGUCGUCCCUGUAAUUUUUGGUCAAAUGGGAAUGAGAAAAAUAGUAAUGGCAAAUGAAAGUUUUAUUCA